AUGGAGCUAUUCAAUUUUAAACCUCAAUACCAGCCUGUGGCCAGCAACAAUUCCCCGCGGCCGGGAAUCCUGCCCUUCCUGAGGCAGUAUCCGCUAGGUAACUACAUACUUUUACUCACCAUCGCUGUGGUGUCUGCCGGGAUAGGAGCGUUGAUUGGAAGGUCAUCUCUUGGCUGUGGGAGCUGUGUCCAGUACUCAAACCGUAAGUAUACAUCAUCGGACCCUACCCUCCAUCUACUUCGACUGGCACAUGUUGCAGAAGCUUAUCCUUCUCUGGCAGCUGAAAUCCCGCUGGGCACCAUCAAGGAGAUCUUUACCUAUAAUCGGACAUUUGGUGAAGACCCACGAAUAGAUAACGGCACGCUGGCAGCCUGGGACUCCCUUGUUCCAAGUGAGUAA